CGGCACGUCUUUGCAGGUAGGGUGGUAACUAGCCACGGCUGAAGCCUUCCACCAGCCAGACCAGGACAAUUAAGAAAACCUCAAUCGGCCCAGCCGGGGAUCGAACCCAGGACCUACGUCCACCGCGCAUACCAUGUUUAAUUUGAUCUCGAUUGGUAAAUAGCAGCUGCUCAUAUAAAUGUAAUCGCAACGUUCACUAGGCAAUAACACAACAUUUUGGCCUGGAAAGGUAUCGGCAUUGGCCAUAAGAAUCUGUCUAGGCAAGGGCACUACAAAAUAAUUUAGUAGGUUAGCUGUUUAUAGAAUAAAGUUAAGUGCCGAUAAUCUGUGAAAUUACUUCAAUGUCUUUUACAGGCAGAAUAAUCUACGUAUUACUGGCUUUAAUCUAAAAAUCAGAAUAAGGAAAAUGUUGUCCGAAAAAAAGAAUUACGCUAACCAAUCGACGUCUGUCCUUCCUAAUAUAAAAUGUUAUGUACUCGAUAACAUAACCCAUAUCAGAGUAGACUAUCAAGUGAUCCCUAGCUGGUGUCAAUAUUCGUGCUAAUUAUUAUCUGUGUAUUAUCAUAAUGUUAGUAAAGAUACGUGUAUAAUUGAAUAUGUAAUUAUAUUUGUACGAGUAACUAAGUGACAUCUACGAGUAACUAGUUUAAAACUAUUCGAGUGGUCAAUGUGAAAUGUGGAUACAUGAUAUAAGUUAUUCUCUUGGAUUACAAUGGAUUUAAAUGUAAACGACUACAUAGCUGGCCUGUUCUCAAAAGAAGCAGUUGAACAGCCAUGCGAUGACAUAGCACCCGAGGAUUUAACGAUGAGAAUACCGGAAUGGUUUGACGAAAAACAAUAUAACAAAGCUCGCGAAUUCUACUGGAGCCAAGCUUUUCAGUUCUCAUUGUCUAUGCUGCUGGGACUGGUGGCAGUGUUCGCGGUGCCGUCCAUCCUGCGAGUGCUCAUCAGCUCGCGACGCUCCUCCUCCAGCUACACAGCGUACAAGAGAUAUGUGUCCACUCUUCUGCAUACACUGACAUGGUUCGAACACGAUCUCAAACCGGGGAGUGUGUCGUGGAAUUCCAUACUAACGGUCCGGACUCGACACAUCAAAGGCGGUAGAGCGGCUAAACUAAAAGGACAUGGCAUUGUCUCCCAACGUGAUUUAGCACUUACGCAGUUUGGAUUUAUUGGUUUUACAGUCUUGAAGCCCGACAAAUUCGGCAUUAGACAGUUUGAAGAAGGUGAUUGGGAAGCGUACAACCACUUCUGGAGAGUUAUAGGACAUACUAUAGGUCUGGAAGACAGGUACAAUAUAUGUAGAAAAAAUUUUGAAGAGACGCGUGAAGUCUGUCAAAUUCUUUUGGACAGUGUGUAUACACCGUGCAUGGAGAACGUACCAGAAUAUUUUGAGCACAUGGCACGUUCAAUGCUAGAUGGCCUGUGGUGCGUAAACCCCCUAGUGAACGUGGAGGCCAUGUUGUACUGGACAAAGUAUCUUUGUAAUGUACCUGGAUAUAUAGAUACAGAUCUUGAUAGGAUAAAUUUACAAAACAGAAUUAGAAAGCAGUUGAAAGGGAGAUCAGAGGACAUAGGUGUGGACACCACUGAGCUCAUGGCGGAGCCAUUAAUACCUUUGCCAGCGGAUUCACCGCGUUACCUUUAUUUGCACGAUUACGACACGAUCGAAAAGUCUCCCGCAUACAAACGGCUGACCUUGGCCGCGAGAUACAAACUAUCCCUUAACGCUUUGAUCAUCGCUUUCCACAGCUCUUAUUUGGGCCGUCUUUACCUUAACAUGGUGUAUAGCAUUGUUGUAUUCUUCAUGAAGUAUUUUCCUUACAUCGCGUUUACCAGAUUCGGUGUUCUUGCGUCUUACGUCCGGCCUUUUGAAGAAGACCCAACAGAUAAUGAGGAUCCGAAGCCUAAUUCUGAAUAUUAUAAACCUCAGCCACCGUUGCCACUUUAUAAAGAACUGUUACAAAUUAUCUUCUAGAUUAAAUACUUGUUAUUAACUAAGUAGUUGAGUCAUACAUUUUGAACCAUUAAGUGAAACCUAUUAGUAUCAAAGAAGAUUGAAACUCUCUACUAUAACCUUGCGCCUUGGUCCGAGAAGAGCCCACAACAGACUUUAGCCAAGAUUUAUUAGUAUAUAUUCGUCCUUGUGUACUACGAGUAGUACCAAAUUUCAGUUUUAAUUUUUUUAAAUAAUAAAAAAAAAUCAAAAAAAUAGUAACUUUUGGAAAGCCAAUAAAAUUUUUAGAAAAUAUAAUUAUUAUAAAUAAUAAUUGAGUACACUUAUUUGUUGUUUUUAAUGGUUCUGAACGUUUGUCGUACAAAAACGUAAUCCUUAUAAUAUCAUUCGCGCACAUUUUAAUGUCUGUCUGUUUUCUCCGAAUGUACAGGACCAAUCCAGUUAAAAUUUGUUACAUAUAUCAAUUCUUGUGACCCAAAUACAGGAAUGUAUC